CACAGUGACGUCAGAGCACAGCCUCUCCUCUCUAAACAGUGAAGGCAAUGGUCCUGGCUCAGAGUCCUGCUGUCGGAGGGAGACUUUUACACUGCAACAUAAAGCCAGGGGGAACCCGGGUCAUUGAUGUGAACAAGAGCUGUCUGGCGCACGCCGUGGAUUAAACCGGAAACUUUUGCGAUGGCUCUGAACGGGAAAAAGUGACGCGAGAAGCAGCAGCAGCAGCAGCAGAAGCAGCAGAAGCAGCACGCUAACCAGCGCCAACAGAGGAGCUUCUACUGCAGAGCAACUCCUGCUUAGAUGAUCGGCCACUGCUGAAAAAUAUGCUCCAGCCGAGCCGCCUCAGCCCCGGCUUCAGUCGCACAUUCCCACUCUUAUAACCAGUUUCCUGACACGUUCUCCGGCUUCUUCUUCCUUUUGUUUUUUUGCUCGCUUCUUACCUGUAAAGUCCGCUGUCGCUGUAAGUCCCAGACCCACCUGCGAGACAGAAUCAUGGCAGGGAAGCUGACAGCAGCGCAGGGCACAGGAAUACUGCUGGUGACAGCCAACGUUGGAUCUCUGUUCGAGGAUCCUGAAAAUCUACAGAAGACAUGGCUGAGGGAGUUUUAUCAGACGGUGCAGACGCACAGGCCUCACUUCCUGGCCGUUCACUGUCAGGAGGUCGGGGGGAAGAACUACGAGGCAUCCAUGUCACACGUGGACUGUUUUGUCAAAGAGCUGCUGUCCAGUGAUGCCAUGAAGGAGUACAACAGAGCCCGCGUCUACCUCGAUGAGAACUACAAAUCCCAGGAGCAUUUCACAGCUCUCGGAAGUUUCUACUUUAUCCACGAUUCUUUGAAAAAUAUCCACCAGUUUGAUUUCAAAGCCAAGAAAUUCAAGAAGGUCGUGGGGAAGGAGACCUACUCAGAGACACUAGAAACCACCCCAACGCUGGAGAAGGAGAAGUUUCCACAGGACUACUUUCCCGAGUGCAAGUGGUCCAGAAAGGGAUUCAUCAGAACUCGAUGGGCCCUGGCUGACUGUGCCUUUGAUCUGGUCAACAUCCACCUUUUCCACGAUGCUUCCAACUUGGUGGCCUGGGAGAAAAGCCCCUCGGUCUACUCUGGGACCAGGUCGAAGGCUCUGAGCUACGUUUUAGACAGGAUCACAGACCAGCGGUUUGAGAAGUUGCCGUAUUAUGUGUUUGGAGAUUUUAACUUCAGGCUUGACACGAAGCAGGUCAUUGAGACGCUCUGCCCCACAGCUACCUUGCAGACAGUCCGAGCUGCUGACACCAACGAAGUCGACAAGCUAAUAUUCCGAGAAAGUGACAAUGACCGAAAGGUUGUUCUUCAACUUGAAAAGAAGCUUUUUAGUUAUGUCAACCAGGACGUUUUCCGGGAAAACAAUGGGACUUCACUCUUAGAGUACGACAGAGAGCUGGCAUUGUUCAAGGAUCGGCUGCAUGAGCUGGAGAUCUCCUUCCCUCCCAGUUAUCCGUACAGUGAAGACAGCAGUCAGGGGAAGCAGUACAUGAACACCAGAUGCCCCGCCUGGUGUGAUCGGAUCCUCCUGUCGUCCUCCGCCAGAGAACUUGUCCUAAAGCCUGAAAACGAAGAGAAGUCGAUUGUGUAUGAUAACAUCGGGCCAAAUGUCUGCAUGGGGGACCACAAGCCCGUCUUCCUGUCCUUCCGAAUAACAGCGGGGGCAGGUAAACCUAAUGCAAAUAAGCACAAGUGUUGUGUGGUGCAGUGAUGUCGUGGAAAGUGUUGCCAAAGGGGGGAGCAGAUAUUCCGUGAAGCGCCUCUGUGAGAAGAAACAAACAGCACACCAUAAUACACUCACACAUACACACAAGUACAAAUACACAAACACAUACACACCCACUCACACAAACAAAUACACACACACUUUGCACAAGCGUACACUGAAGACAAAGUUUUUCAGCAGUGCUGACCAGUCACAGUCGUCCUGACACCUCAUCCAUACGAAGCUGUUUUCUCUCCAUAAAACACUUGUUGAGACGUGGACGAGCACCCGAGGGCCCGGCUCCAGACAAGACACACAUCGCUGACCUCACUGUUGCCAUGCAACCCCCAUUCCCCAGAGAAGAAGAAAAACAGGACGGACAGACGGACGGACGACUCUUUUCCAUGCCACAGCCUCGUUGCCAAAACUCUAAUUGAAAUCAGUCUACUACAUGUUUAGACACCGUACUCGCCAUUUGUAGGUUUGCCUCUGUGUAUAGAAGCUACUCUCCACACAGUGUGUAAGGUGUUUUAAAAAAAGAAAAGUGCAAUGCAAAAAAAGUUGUAUAUCUAUAUUGUUAGGGUUAUUUGUACAUUGGACAGUAUAACAUAGAGUUGUUGAUGGUUUUAGUGCCGUUCUCUUUCAGACCAAACUUUGAGGUCCUUCUGUUGGAAAAUAGAUUUCAACAAAUUCUAUAUAUAUUUUUUUGUUUUGUUUUUGUUGUUGUGUGCACAACACACUGCCAUGCCUGACACAUCAGUUGAGUCUCAUUUUGUAUACUGUACUUUUUAAAGAGAUAAUUUAUAAUUCUUACCAAAUGUUUGUGCAGACUGUGUGGGUGUUCCUGCAGCUGCAGCAGCAGCACCGAGGAGAGAAACUCUUUGUGAUUUAUUGCCUAUCCAAGAAUGUUUUAAGCAGUGCCAUAGACCAUGCAAGUAUAUAAGAUAAUGUUUCAUAUAUAGCACUCUCACAUUAUUUCAUUAUUACUCUAACUUAUUUCUAUAAUAUUAUGGUUCUGAAUGUGAUAUUUUAGAUAGGCUUGGGUAUCCUUAAAAUGUAUUUUUGUUUCAGUUUUUAUUACUGCAUUUUGGUGCCAAGUAUCCACACAGACAUGAAGUGUGUCAGAGUUUAAAAUAUUAAGUCAGACUGUUUAAGGUGUUGAUUUUAAAAUGUAAAAAAACUAGAAAGAAACUCUAAACAUGGGAAAGAGCAGCAGCGGGAGAAAGAGGAGGAGGAGUUGCUUUUUAUUCGUCUGUUUGUUGCCUUCAUCGCAGAUCAUUUGAGCAUUAAAGGGGAGCUCGGAGACGCCAGCGUUUCCUUUUAUCGAUUUAAUUUCCAACACUACAGAUCUCAGACUGUGUGAAACCCUCACAUUGAUCCUCCCUGAUCUUUUUUUCAUCUAAAUCACUGAAAUGAUUUUGUGCCUGCCGCAGGAUUUCUGUUGUCUUCUGCUGUGAUUUGGUUCGUAAGUUUUAAAAACAGAGAAAUUCCGCCUGCUUGUUUUUGUUCUUUCUGCUCUGUGUGAGUUUACUGUAGGAGUAUAAGCUGCAGUUUUUUCUUCUUCACUCCAUUUUAUUAAAGCAGAUAGAGAUUUGAUUCUAUAGCCCCUCUGACGGCCUGGCCUCUACUGUAGGUGAUGCAGUUCUCAAGCAAUAAAAACCAUUAGAGCUCA